AUUGAUUAUUUCUGAGACAAAAAAUCUUAAAAUAUACAGAAAUACUCCACAGACAAUUUUGGCGGGAAACCCCUCAUGAUUUUCAGUUCAAUAUUAUGACGUCAUAGAUCCUCGCCAUGUGUUUCGUGAGGCCAAUAUGACGUCAGAUAGUAACGGCAGAGUUUCAAGAUUUUGCGCAAGCAAAAGCAAGCAAUUUGUGAUAGUUUCUAAUUUUAUUUGAAAUGAUUAUCAUCUCGCAUCUAGCGUUCCUGGGUGUGAGACAUAGUUACGAAUACAUCAAGCUCAGAGCCCUGGAAUAUAAGAUCCGAAAGCUUUACUUAGCUGAAUUUCCAGCACAGCAAAUCCUCGGAUCUGGGAGUUACGGGAAAGUAUAUCAGUUUUCAAACGACUGGGCAUUAAAAGUGCCGGUAGACAUCGACAGGGCUCAAGCAUUUGAAAAGGAGAUCGAUCUUCUUAAAGAGCUCAAAAAUGAUUUCAUUUUGCGUUUGCAUCAUUCAUUUGAAGUAAAGCCUGGGUUACCUGUCGUCUUGACAGAACUUUGCCCGCUUGACUUGCAGCGUGUAACCGAUUAUCACGGCAUCCUAGAGCCAAGGGCUGUCAAGUUCAUUACUGUGUCAGUCUGUAUAGCCCUGCAGUUCAUGAGGAAUAAAAAACUCAUUCAUUUUGAUAUUAAGCUGAAUAAUAUCCUGAUAAACCGGAAUGGCAUCCCAAAAGUGUGUGAUUUGGGAUCCGCCCACCGCUGUGACGAGAGCGGAGAGAGUAGCUGGGGGCCGAGGAUGGUAGCUUACACUAUCACCAAGAACCUCGCCCCUGAAAUUCUAAUGCGCACUUCCGCUUCCGUUCAGGCUGACUAUUUCGCUCUCGGCGUAAUGAUCUUCGAGUUGUACACUGGCAGACACCCUCUUUGGUACAACGAGCCACACGGCAGAGCAGCCAUUAAAGUGAAAAUCCUGGCUGGAAAUAUCCUCCAUGCCGACUAUGCAGAACCGACAUUCCGGGAGUUUGCUGAGAACUUGAUCUGUGAUAAAGUCAACAGAGUUCAGGACGUGAAGGACAUAUUGCGCCUUCGUUGGCUUGCUGAAUAUCACACUAACGUGUUUCCCAUGGACCGCAGGUCCUCUCCUCUUCUUGCUUUUGUGCAGGAAUCUGUCCUGAAGGACAUAGAGCGGGUAAGGUGCCUCCAAGCUGCGGCGCACCGCCAAACUCACACAACCACACAAGAGGCAGCGCACGGCUUAACUCCCGGCACUGGCGAAAACAACUGUGAUCUUGUGCCUUGGGACAUGCCAGAUGACGAUGCGGCAGACGUCAACGGGCUGCUUCAGUGGGACGUCCCCAGUGAGGACGUGGAAGAUGGCGGCAUGAUGGCCGAGGAGAUGCUCGAAAAUGGGGAAGAUGGCAUGUUGGCAUUGGACAUGCCCAGAGAAGAGAACGAGGCCGAGGAAGACAUGCCGGAGUGGGACGCUCCUGUGGGGGAUUUCGACUUUGAUUUCCCCUUUGAAGAGGAUUGAACACUUUUCAAUAGUCUUUUCAGCAACAGACAUUCCUGAAAUCCCUUCGGUAUCAUAACUCAUUCCCUCACUCCCUCACAAACUGUAUAUUAUUAUGGCUGUUCAGGCCCGUAGCCAGCAAUUUCAAAAGG